UCUGCUCAACCCCCCCCCUCUCCACUUUUUCAGCUAGUCCUAUGAUUUGAUCUAACAGAUCAAUUACCUGAAUUCGCCACUGAGUUACAGUGCUUCUGCCCCAGUCUUAUAGAGAGUAGAUCUUUUUUUUCAUUAGUUAGUAUCCAAUUAGGAGUAGUCAAGAUGUUGAUUCCCCUGAGGAAUUUCCAAGGGUCAUGUUCUUUGUUUGUCUUGACAAGCUUUGUCCUUUUACAACAUGCAGUUAUAGUCGUAGAAGGGAUCAAAUGUAUCACAUGCAAUGCGGAAGGCGUGGUGGUUGACGAGAAGUCGCAAACGUUGUGCAACUUUAGGCAAAAAUGUGGUGAACAUCAGUGUGGAAAUUGGCGAAGUGCAACUAGGUAUGACUGCCAGAGAUCGGGUUGUGGAAAGAUCCAUUUCAAGCUCACUGGCACAUGCAAUCACCAAACCGACUGCCAAUGCCAGGUCCAAAGGGAAAAUUGGCUGAAAACCUACGAAGACAAGCAUUUGGGGGACUGGAUGACCUAGCAGUAACCAUCCUUCACAGAGGCUCGGUGUCUCUCCUCUAGCAACAAAUCCAAAUCACUUUGAAGAGAGUGACAAGUCUGGGGUUCAGAUUGCAGCAGACCCAACCCCUGGCAGCUGCCACCCCUAAAUCUGUCCUAUUACACAUUACCCCAUUUUCAUUUUCAAAACCAUUAUUGUUAGUUAUCCUGUAUACAAAACCCCCUGCAAAUCCACUUUACUUUGAAUAACCAUUGCCCAUCUGCUUUAAACAACCAUUACCCAUUUGAAAUGAUCUUGAAGGAUGCAUGCAUCUCACCACACAUCUGAGUAGAUGACACUGUCUCUAUUUAU